AUGGCAUUGUUACGUUAUUCUGUACCUCUAUCAAGGCUUGUAGUCCCAACAGCUGUCUCCAAUCGAGGAGCAGCAACAGUGCCUUCGAAUACAUCCCCCAAUCGACACCCGACAAAUCCUUCAAGUCAGACUGCCUCAGAAGAAGCGGUAUUGACUAAAGUAUCACCAUACAAAACCGUUCCUGGCAAAAACUAUGGCGAUACCUAUGCUGAAGUGGCUCUAGCUCGCUUAGAUGACGUACAAAAUUUGAUUCGACGUGGUUCUAUCUGGCCAUUGACGUUUGGUCUCGCGUGUUGUGCCGUCGAAAUGAUGCAAAUGGCUGCUCCUCGUUACGAUAUGGAUCGAUUUGGUGUUGUCUUUCGAGCUAGUCCUCGUCAGUGUGAUCUCAUGAUUGUCGCUGGUACUUUGACUAACAAAAUGGCACCAGCUAUUCGACGUCUCUACGAGCAAAUGCCCCAUCCAAAAUGGGUUAUUUCAAUGGGUUCAUGUGCAAACGGAGGUGGCUACUAUUAUUAUUCGUAUUCUGUGGUCCGAGGCUGCGAUCGCGUCAUUCCCGUUGAUAUUUAUGUUCCGGGUUGUCCGCCAAGUGCAGAAGCCUUACUCUACGGUAUUCUUCAACUACAGAGAAAAAUUAAACGCCUCGAUACGUUACAAAGAUGGUAUCGCAAAUGA